UUUGCGAGACGCUUUGCGCGACCGAGCAACCAGGAAGCUCCCUCUUUUGCAAAUGGCAUUUGCACCAGCGUGCUCCAUCCAACCUCCCUCUCUCCAGCUCUAUCCUUCGGGAAUUCCUGUGCGAGUUUUAUAAACGUGCAACCAUUGAAGCUGCAGUCCUGAAUGCAUCUCUCGCUGUGUUCUUUGGAUUGCUGUGAGGGGCUGAGUAAUGUGGAUUAUAGCCAGGUUGAUCUCUCGGCCAUGUCUCUGCUCCUUGAUUACGUGGAUGUGACCGACCCCAGCUUUGGGAUAGCUGUCCUCUGCAUCGCCUUUAACCCGCUUUUCUGGAAUCUGGUAGCGAGAUGGGAGUUCAGGACCCGGUUGCUGACGCGUCUCUUCCGUUCUCCGCACCUGGCCUGUUACUGCCUGGGAGCUCUCAUCCUGUUCCUUAAUUUCCUGCGGAGCUACUGUUUCACAGAAGCCAUGAAGAGCCAGCCCAGACUGAUGGCCCUGGAUUGCCUCUUGGGGCACUACACCAGUGUAGCCUUGAUGUCCAUAGGCAUCGUGUUUGUCACUUCCAGCUUCCUGGCGCUGGGAUUCACUGGAACAUUCCUGGGUGACUACUUUGGCAUCCUCAUGGAGGCAAAGGUGACGUCUUUUCCAUUCAGUGUGUUGGACAAUCCCAUGUAUUGGGGCAGCACCAUGAUCUACCUGGGCUGGUCCAUCAUGCAUGCAAGCCCAGCUGGUCUCAUCCUGACGGCCGUGGUGGCGCUGUGCUACACAAUUGCUUUGCGGUACGAAGGGCCUUUCACAGAAGAAAUCUAUCGCCAGAAAGCAGCCAGAAAGAGCAAAUAGGUCACAGAAGCCUGAGAAGAAUGGCUUGGUUUGGAAGCUGGAAGCCAGAAUGCCGCCGCCGCCACCACUAGCUAAUGGGGGCAGGAUAAUUUGACAGGGUGUGAAAAGUACAGCUUUCCACGAACUCUUCAGAAGCCUCCUUUCGAGAUGGAGUUGGGAGGGAGUGGUGAUGGAAGGACUCCCCCUCUCCCCCCCCUCAAUCCUUCACAAAGCCUCUCACCAACCCCAGGCGGGGAGGGGGCUUUUGACGAAGACCCUUGCCCCACCCCUGCCUUUCAGCAGCUUCCAUUAACUGUGCCAAGUCUAAAUGUGUUGAUUAUAUACUUGAGAGCGUCGAGAAAAGUGGAACAGGCAGGAGGCCUGAUUAUUUUAUGUAACCCCACCCCCCCAAAAAAUAUGAUUAAUGUACAUUCCUCUUUGGGGUGGGGGGGACAGAAAAGCCAUAAUUGCACAGGCCCGUUGAACGCGCAUGAGAGCUUUGCCCCUGCAAGCAUGUAGGAGAUGGCGCUAACCGUUUGGAAAAGGAAGCGAGGUUUGGAGCUUGUUCCCUGCGCGGGAAUGCCCAGUGCCGCAACUUCUCAUGUCCAUGCAACCGUUUCGAGGUUAUUCUUCUGCUACCCCCCCUUCUCGUGGAGCUUUUCAGCCACAGCAUCUCACUCGGAAGCUCGGCAGGUGCCGGAAGGUGUUUUUUCGUGGGGCGUCCCAGAGCUUGCAGCUGAACCGAGUGUCCAGCCACACCCAGAUCAAACCCCUCUGGGGAUGCCAAAGGGCCUGGGGGAGCCACAAUAUGACGAUUUCCACAAUUCAAGUAACAUGACAUAAGAGUCAGAAAUCUUCUCUGAACACUUGCCCAGAAUACAAAGCCGAUUGCCCCUUGGUUUGGGAAAAGUUGAAAUGUAUUUCAGGACAUUUACCGCAGCUGAGGUCACAUCGAUGACGGCAUGCUCAAACCGGUUUCCUGCAAAGGUGUAUCCCUCCUCUCUGCCUGUCAAACACCACUGCCCAUAUUUUCAGGCCAGGCCGAAAAGAUGAGAGAUCAUCUUUUGGAGAUCAAGGGAUGGAAAAGCUAUCAGGUGUCCUUAGCAAUAUGAGGAAUUUGGUGCCUUUUUUGUUGUUGUGUGUACAGUUGGUGCUAUAAAUUCCUUUCCCUUCUUUUCUCUCCUUACUGGUGUUCAUUUAUGGUCCUACCACUUUCCACCAGCCUGCCAUGAAAAUACAUGCCUCCACCGCGCUCCCAUUGUUUCCAAGAUCUCCCAGACAAUCCCCAGUAUCGGCUUCUGGGGCUUAUCCAAAUAACUCCUUCCACUGUUGCCCUAACCUUCUGUGCCCCAUACAUUUUACCUUUCUGACCUAGCUCCAGUCAUCCGAACUAUACUCACUAAAUACCAAAAGGAGACAGGAGCGCAGGAGGCUGCCUUAUACAGAGUCAGGCCAGUGGUCCAUCUUGCUCAGCACUGUUUGCACUGACUGGCAGCAGCUUUCUAGGGCUUCAGGAAAGAGUCUGUUCCAACACUACCAGGAGUUGCCAGGAAUUGAACCUGGGACGUUCUGUCAGAUGCUGUAUGCAAUGGCACAAAGGCCCUCUCGCUCUCACUGUGCCAUGGCUCUUGUUUCCCUUUCCCUCGGGUGAAAUCCCCAACGGAGAAUGGGUUUUCCUUUUGGGUAAACAGGUUGCAAACAAACUUUAUUAUAACAGGUGUAAACAAGGAGUUUUGGUUCUUCUUCUUCCACAGACAUAUAACAAACAGUGUUGUUGCUUUUUAUUAAAAUGUAUACUGUCUUAUA